AUGUCAUUCUCGAGCACACCUCUCGGUCAAGGCAGACGUCUAGAUCAUCAGACCUUUCUCAACAAGAACAACUCAAACGCACCCCAACGCCGUGGAAUACCUAACUCUUAUUCUUACGGAGCACCAACUACCGGCUCGCGCUCACCCCCCAAACCCACCAAAGCCCCCCUGCCUCAGGCGGACGACUCUGAGGAGCCCGCCCUCGUCCGCUUCGCUCGGCUCAAGCAGCGCGAACAGACCCAACCCGAUCCGUCACAAGCCACGGCUUCCCAACGCCCUCCCGAGUCGUGGAGUGUCCGCGACACGUCCGUGAACAUCGUCAGCGCGUUCCAUCAAGCCGCAACCACAUCCUUCGAUACCACCCAAGGCAGCGCCAACAUGAGUUCUGCGAUGACCCCGGACGAAGCCUGGGCGUCGGGCGCGCGCAAGCAGCCCAUGGUUCCUCGCAGUACGUCUGUCGAGUACGAAAAGGAAACCCAAUCCACCAUCAACCGCCGCCUCGCGCCUCCCCCUAGUCGAGGACCACAAGCGCGAGUCUCUCGUCCCGUCUCCAAAACCUCGUCUUUACGCCAUGUCCCCGACUCCGAGGGCGAAGAGGAGGCCCAGCCCAACGGACGCGGGAAGACCCCCCUUCAACAUGGCAUAGACAUGGUUCGAAAUCUUGUUCCUGCGACUUUCCUUCUCCGUGAAGGCUCUCCUGCGCUCGGAAAUGGCCAUGACAGUAUGCGCGACCAGUCCAGUUACGACUAUUCCGCGGAAGAGCGCGAGUUCCAAGCCGGGAACGCGUCACAAAAGCCUCCGUCGCGGAGAACGGUCGCUGCGCACAAGAAGAACAGGAUGUCUACCGACAACAGGGCGUACCGUCCGUCGAUGUCGGAUCUGGACGAGUCGGAUGAAGAUUUCGAGGAGGACGGAAAACGCACGAGGCGAAAGAAGAAGAAGGCGGUCGGCCCCGGCGGCGGCCCUCUCACGACACUCCCUGUUGCCGGUUACGACAAGCGAAAGAAGAAGAGAAAGGGGACGAAAACUAAUGGGGCCAAUGGAGAUGAGGAAGAUGGGAGCACAGACGAUGAGCAGGGGAGUGAGCAGCGAUCACAGCAGGGUGCCACCGCGUACCAGCGUGGAGCAUCGUUACUUCGGACGUCAGUACCCCCACAGCCUCGUCAACCAUCCGUGCAGCCACAUUACGACUCGAGCAACGUGGAUUCGUCCAUGGACAUCGAAGGGCUCGCUCCAGUAUCGGAGACGGAAGAGCGCCCCCCACAAAUCGAGCCCCUGUUCCCUCCAUCAUCGUUCUCGGUAGGCGCUACGAUGGGACGUCUAGUCCAUGGAUUCGUCUCUUAUCUUGGUUGGAUCGGGGGGUGCCUUGGCAAUGCCGCGGCCGCGACUGCAAGAGGGCUCAUCCACGCCAACGUCAUCAAGUACUUCGCCGUCGGCAUUACACUUUGGCUUGUGUGGAUAGCGGUCAACAGCGGAAUGCUUGACCUAGGAUCUAUUCCUAGAUCUAUUCCUAUCUUCAAAGGGAGUCCGGGUCCUUACCAUGCUCCUGAGGUCCCUGCUGCGGACCUGGCCGCUCUCUCCGCUCGGCUACUCUCCUUGGAGAAGGCCGUUGCGAGCCUCUCUCUGGAAACGGACCGUUCACGCGCAUACAUCGAUGGGGACGCCAGGCAUCGUGCCGAUAUGACCAGCCAUAUCGGUAAUCUCGAGACUCGGAUCCAGAAGGAGAGCUCGCGCGCGCAAGAAGCGGAAAACAAGUUCCGCUCUAGCGCGAGUGACAACCUCAAUGUUGUCAAGAAAGAAGUCACUCAACUUGCUUCGCAGCUGCAAACCCUGCGUGACGCAGAAGCCAGGAGACCCUCCAUUGGAAGCGACGAAGAGGCCCGUGCCAAGCUCAAGGCCCUCGACGAGCGCGUCGGGAAUGUGGAGGGCGGCGUCAAGGAGGCGCUUGAGGUUGGCAAGAAUGCCGCGAAGGCGGGUGCGGUCGCAGCGAAUAUCGCCGACUGGUGGAACAAACUUGCCACCGGCAAGACAAAGACUGUCACUGUCAAGUCAUCCGACGGCCAGGAUGUUACGGCGCUCAUCAACCAGCUAGUCGAUACCGCGGUCAUGCGCAACUCCAAAGACAGCAUCGCUCGUGUUGAUUUCGCUCUCCACUCCGGCGGCGCGAAGGUUAUUCCUCGGUAUACGAGCGACACCCUCGAAGUUCGCCCAUCCGGGAUUGGCAGCUCAGUGCUCGGCUUCAUCAACGGCGGCAGCGGGUAUGCUAUCGGUCGUCCACCUGUUACCGCCUUGCACCACGAGAUCCACGCGGGUCACUGCUGGCCUUUCGGUGGUCAAACUGGUCAGCUGGGAAUCAACCUUGCAGCGCCUGUCUACAUUUCCGACAUCACCAUCGACCAUGUCGCUCACGAGGUCGCGAUGGACCUGCGCUCCGCGCCGCGCCAGAUGGAAGUAUGGGGUCGGGUGGAGGGGCAGGACAACAUCGUCAAGAUCCACGAAUGGCGCGAGCAACGCGACGCACAGCGUCGAGCGGCCGAGGAGGCUGGUCAGCCCAUUCCCCCCAACUUGGUGGACGAUGGGCAACGUCCGCGCAGCAUCCCUAAAGAUCAGGACUUCAUCCGCAUUGCGAACUUCACGUACAACAUUCACGCUCCCGAGUUCAUCCAGACGUUCCCCGUUCGCGACGAGAUCAAGGAGCUUGGCAUGGACUUCGGCAUUAUCAUCCUCCUCAUCAAGAACAACUGGGGCCAAGACGAGUUCACAUGCCUUUACCGUAUGCGUGUUCAUGGCGAGCGCCUGGGCGAGCUCCCGCUACCAUACCCGGAGGAAGACCUGGCGUAG